AUGGCACCAACCGCAGCCGUCGCAACUCCUUGGAGUGCGACUAAUCUUUCGAAGAAUGCUUUUGACCUGUCAUCCAAAAGCCAGAGCUCCGCAACAACACAACACAUUGAAAUAGAUGAUUCCUCACUCCAAACCGUCGAUGCAUUGGUUCGAUCGCGGGCAACAGCCUUCCCACAUGUCCCGAUUGUGUCCUAUCCGACGACAGGAGUAGACUAUGUGGACUAUACUUUUCAGCAGCUAGACGUCUUUGCCUACAGAACGGCCAAACAUCUCGAGUCGAGCAUCCCAACUAGGACGAGCUCCAACACCAAGAGGACCGUUGUCGCCAUGAUGGGACCGUCGAAUCUAGAGUACCUCAUCACGAUGAUGGCCCUCAUGAAGGCCGGUCAUACUAUCUUGUUCUUGUCGACUCGUAUACCCGCAAUCGCGGUCGAGUCUCUGGUGAAGACGACUGGUGUAACAUACAUGAUUGCAGAUCCAAAGUACCUGCAGACAGCGGCCACUGUCAAGGAACAGUUGCCAGAUUUGCAGGUGCUAGACAUGCCCAAGCGCAACAUAUUCGAGUUCCCAGUCGAGGUACAUGUCGACACGCAAAUGGACGGUGCACUUGACCCGUCCGUUGAGACAAAUGAGAUCGUCUAUAUCAUCCACUCGAGUGGAUCCACGGGGUUGCCCAAACCAAUUUAUCAGGUGCAGAGUGCCGCCCUGUCCAAUUAUGCUUCAAACAUGGACAUGAAGGCCUUCAUCACCCUUCCUCUGUACCACAACCAUGGAAUCUGUAACUUGUAUCGUGCAAUGUGGUGUCGCAAGUCGAUCCAUCUCUACAACGCAGAUUUGCCACUCACCAGCGAUUUGCUCAUCAAAAUUAUGCGCAAGCACAAGUUUGAGAUCUUUUACGGUGUUCCAUACGCAUUGAAGCUUCUAGCAGAGACUCCCGAGGGUCUGGACCUGUUAGCACAGCUCAAAACCGUCAUGUACGGUGGCUCAGCCUGCCCCGACGAUCUGGGUAACCUGCUUGUCGACCACGGAGUCAAUCUCAUCAGUCAUUAUGGAGCGACCGAGGUUGGCCAGCUCAUGACUUCCUUCCGCCCUGCUGGUGACAAGGCAUGGAAUUAUGUGCGUGAGAAUGAAAAGCUCUCGCCCUUUCUCUUCUGGAUGCCACAGGGUCCGAACUUGUUUGAAUGCUGUGUUCGCGAGGGAUGGCCGGCCAAGACUGCCACCAACAUGGAAGACGGCUCAUACAGGACAAAAGACUUAUUUGAGCCUCAUCCGACCGUCCCGCGUGCCUGGAAAUACAUUGCUCGGCUUGAUGACACGAUCGUCCUGGUGAAUGGCGAAAAGUUCAACCCGGUAGCUACUGAAGGGACGAUCCGGUCAUCCAAACUCGUAACCGAGACAGUUAUAUUUGGUGCCCAACAACCAUACCUGGGUGCUCUAAUUGUUCCGUCGCAAGCGACGGUUGGUAAAUCACCAGCCGAAGUCUUGGAUGCCAUCUGGCCAGUAGUUGAGUCUGCACAAGAAGGGAAUGACUCCUUCGCCAAAUUGUCUAAAGAGAUGAUCGUCAUCUUGCCCCACGGUACUGACUAUCCUCGCACUGACAAGGGCAGCGUCAUUCGACAAGCCUUCUACAAGACAUUUUCCAAAGAGAUUGAAACGGCAUACGACAUCUCCAACAGUUCUAGCGAGGACGCACGCGUUAUGUCAAGUGAAGAGCUUCGACAGCAUCUUCGUAGCUUGGUCGUGAAGACUCUGCCAGAUGUACAGUUCGAUGACGACACAGACUUCUUUGGUCUGGGACUGGACUCGUUGCAGGCUAUUCAGAUUCGCUCUGGCGUGAUGAGAUCUGUCAAGACCGCCAACAAGGUAACGCAGAAUGUCGUGUUUGAUCACCCAUCGAUCAGCAAGCUCGCUGCAUAUCUGCUGGGUGAGACUUCUGCUUCCAGUGACUCGGACGGCAGUCUCGAGGCUGAAAUGCAAGCUCUUGUUGAGAAAUACGGCGACUUUGCACCGCAGCCGCAGGUAGGCGGACACUCUGUUGUUGUGACAGGUGCAACUGGUUCGUUGGGUGCUCACAUUGUGGCCAAAUUGGUCAAGGAUCCGACUGUGGAAAAGGUGUACUGUCUUGUGCGAGCCAAAGACACAGCCAGUGCAUUGAAGCGGACCGUGGAGUCCAUGAUGCUGCGCAAGGUAUACCACGAUUUAUCGCUUUCCGAACGUCGCAAAAUUGUCUCGUAUCCCUCGGACUUUUCUCACGCAGACUUGGGGUUGGAUGCCGCAGCAUAUCGAGAGAUCAGCUCCAGUCUCCGUGCCGUCAUUCACUCAGCAUGGUCCGUCAACUUCAAUCUCAAGCUAUCCAGUUUUGAAAGAGACAAUAUCGCCGGAGUCAAGAAUCUUAUCAACCUUUGUCAGAAGGGAGCGGCUGCAUUCAACUUCUGUUCCUCAGUUAGUGCUGUAGCCCGCCACCCCGAUGCUGACGGACCGGUCCCAGAGAUCGCCCCCAAGCCGGAGUGGGCACAGGGCAUGGGUUAUGCUCAGUCCAAGUCGGUGGCGGAGACUUUGUGCGCAAAAGCAGGCGAGCAGGCCGGCAUCCCCGUCAGAGUUCUUCGAAUCGGACAGAUUGUGGCCGAUACAGCACACGGUGUCUGGAACGCAACCGAGGGUGUUCCCAUGGUAAUCCAAACAGCACUCACUGUUGGUGCUCUGCCGCGCCUGAGGGAAGACCCGUCUUGGCUUCCAGUGGAUGUCGUUGCGCAAGGCGUCGCCGAGAUUUCUCUUUCUCAUGCUCAGAAUGCAUUCACCAAUGUGACAAAUCACAAGACUUUUAGUUGGCAGAAUGACCUCUUGCCUGCACUCCGUGAAGCUGGUCUCAAGUUUGAGGAGGUUGAGCCAAAGGAGUGGGUUCGAAGGCUGAGAGCCUCUAAUCCAGACCCGGUGCUUAAUCCUCCCAUCAAGCUCGUCGAGUUCUUUGCCGGCAAGUAUGACAAGGAUGAAUUUGCGCCUUCCAAGCAGUAUUCAACCAGUACAGCCCGAUCUAUUUCUUCAAGCUUGGAUCAGGGCUGGACGCUUGAUCAGGACUUUGUAAAGAAGUUUGUGAGUCAGUUCCUGUCGGAUUCAUGGAAGACAAAGGAGGCGGCUCCGGCCAACGAGCCCUUUAACACCCAGCGCAAGACUGUGAUUGUAAUCACUGGUCCAUGCGGCUCGGGCAAGUCCAGUCUCGCAACCGAGAUCAGCAGACACCUGGGAGCACCUUUCGUGGAGGGCGAUUCUUUGCACAGCAAAACCGCCGUUGACUCCAUGCGCAGCGGUGUCACCUUGGCCGACGACCAGCGCUGGCCCUGGCUGGCGCGCAUCAACCGGCGUGUUGAGGAGGAGCUUUACGAUUUGGGCUGGGAUUCCGCUGUCGUAAGCUGCUCGAGUCUCAAGAAGAGUUACCGUGAUGCUCUAAGGCAGGUUGGCCAGGCGCGGCCCGGUAGUCCGAGGGUCGUCUUCCUUGAUCUUCAGUGCUGCCCGGAAACACUGGUGAGCAGACUGGCUAGUCGUGGGGGUCAUUAUAUGAAGGCAGAGAUGGUGCAGAGCCAGAUUGAUGCAAAGGAAGGAAUUGCUACCGAUGAAGUGGAUGUUUACCCUGUUGACGCGGAAAAGGAACUGGGUACAGUGAUAAAGGAGGCAAAAGGCUUCCUCAGGCAGCUUGACUUGGUAGAUUGA